AUGGCGACCUGCAUCAGCGUGGUCGUGAGAUUUGGAGGCACUGCACUGACUGCGUUAAAGCCGGUGGUCAGACAAUGUUCACGGCAGAGGGCGAGUGUGUGCAUCCCGCAGCACCGCUGUUCGCACGGAGGAGCCCGGAGCAGUUUGUACGAGCAUGUCCGCGAAGGUUACAGCGACAAGCCCGAGCUGGAUAUGAGAGCAGUGUGCGAGGAGACCGACAAAGUCAUAGCGAAUGUGGAGAAUAGGAAGGGCGACCUGCGAGGGGACGAUGUCAGGAGUAUAGUGAGUGUGUGGCAGGAGCUCCAGGCAGUGAGGACGGAGAUCUCAGGACUGGAGGAGCAGAAGAGACACAUCAGUGACACAGUCAAGGCUAUAGUGGCCAAGAACGACAAGAAAUCCCUUGGUAAUCUUCCAGAGUACACUCAGGCUCUGCAGAAGGGCCGCGAGAUCCGCAGCAGACUGAACCAACUGUACCCCAAAGAGACAGGACUGGACCAGGAGCACUACGGACGAGCGCUCAGACUGCCCAACGCCUCGCACCCUGAUGUGCCAGUUGGAGAUGAGAGCCAGGCGAGGGUGGUGGAGCUAGUUGGACAGAAACCAGAGUUUGACUUCAAGCCCAGAGGCCAUGUAGAGUUGGGAGAGGAGUUAGUUCUCAUCCGGCAGAGACAUCUGGCUCAUGUCUCAGGCCACAGGUCCUACUAUCUACGGGGAGCCGGGGCCAGACUCCAGACUGCACUCCAAAACUUUGCCCUGGACACACUGCAGCAACGGGGCUUCAUUCCCAUGGUUGUACCCGACAUGAUGAAGGGGGCAGUGUUUGAGGGAUGUGGGAUGCAGCCCAACGCCCAUCGCUCUCAGGUCUAUUCUCUUGACCAGGCCCGCUUCCCAGACCUCAACCUGGCAGGGACCGGAGAGGUCGGAGUGGCAGGCUAUUUCAUGGAUCAUGCAGUAAACUGGAAGGACCUGCCUGUCAGGACGGUGUGCAGCAGCACCUGCUACAGAGCCGAGACGGACACGGGCAGAGAGACGUGGGGGCUCUACAGAGUGCAUCACUUCAACAAGGUAGAGAUGUUUGGAGUGACAGCAGAUGAGACGGGAGAGGAAAGCUCUCAGCUGCUGGAGGAGUUUAUCUCUUUGCAGAAAGAAAUGUUCUCUGCACUGGAACUACACUACAGAGUGCUGGACAUGCCGACACAGGAACUGGGUCCUCCAGCACACAGGAAGUAUGACAUUGAAGCCUGGAUGCCUGGGAGGGACAGCUAUGGAGAGAUUUCCAGUGGGUCCAACUGUACAGACUACCAAAGCAGACGCCUCAACAUCCUGUAUGAGCGAGAGGACGGCAGCCUGCAGUACGCCCACACAGUGAAUGCCACAGCGUGUGCUAUCCCCAGAACCAUCAUCGCUAUCCUGGAGACUCACCAGACCAAAGAAGGGACCGUGCGUGUCCCCCGAGCCCUGCAGUCUUAUUUGGGCCUAGAAGUCAUCGAGACACCAAAGUACGCUCCGCUGAAAUACAUCGGACCCAACCAGCACAUUCGACCCCCCCGGCCGGCUCCCAAAACCAGAUGACACAAACAAAAGCAAACACCUGCAAACACCAAGUCAAGACAGGAAGUUCUUUAAAGGGACUUUGGUUGAAAGAAAAUAGUUCCUAUAUGACACUGCUCACGACGAGGUCUGUGGAUAAUCUUGAGUCAUGAUUUCUGAAAAGAGACUUUGCUGUUGAGUUUUUCAAAUGUAAUUUUUUGGAGCUUUGAGUCCCAUCUAGUCCCAUUCUAGAGAUAAACAGACAUCUCCAAAUAAGCUAUAUUGAUAACUAGCGCUACGGGUACGAGGAAAAAAAAAUAUAUUUUUGAUUUUGGGUGAACUGUCCCUUUUUAAGACGCAUAAGGAUGUUUGUACGUCUGCUGGUGGGUCGAAUGAUCUCCAUUGUUCAUUAAAUGAAAUCAAUUGAAUUGAGUGCAUCGAUGUUUUGAGGCAGAGGAUCAAACCUUUAAUAAUGCAGUUCACUGUCACUGUAAAUAUAUUGAUGUCUUAUUUUGUUGAAUGCCAUGAAAUCGCAAAUGUACGCCCAAACGUCAUGAGGAGAAACAACGAUAACGAAUAACCAAUAAAAAGA